GUGGGCGGGGCCAGAGCGGCGGUGGGCGUGUCUCGAGCGGGUGGGCGUGGCCUGGGCGGCGCGGGGCGCACCGGAGCCAGCGGAGCGCAGCGGAGCGGAGCGGCCGCCGCCACCCCCGACCCCCCCCCGCCGCCGCCGCCCUGCUCCCCUCCACCGGCACCAUUGCCACCCCCGGGCGACAACGCGCCCCGGCCGGGCGGCGGCUCAGCCUGGGCCGGAAAACUUUGCUGGCGGCCGCGGCGGGGGUGGUGAUGGUGCUGGUGCUGGUGGUGCUCAUCCCGGUGCUGGUGAGCUCCGCCGGUACCGACGGCCGGUACGAGAUGCUGGGGACCUGCCGGAUGGUCUGCGAGCCUUAUGGCCCCGCGGCUGCCCCCCCGCCGCAACCGGCCGAACGCGGCCCCCUCCCGCCGCCCUCCACCCUGGUGCAAGGUCCCCAGGGCAAACCGGGGCGACCGGGGAAACCGGGACCGCCGGGACCGCCCGGAGAACCAGGACCGCCGGGACCGGCGGGGGCGCGCGGUGAAGCGGGACGACCGGGACCCCCGGGAUUACCGGGACCGGGGGCUACGGGUGCGGUGAGCGCGGCGACCUACAGCACGGUGCCGCGCGUCGCCUUCUACGCCGGCCUCAAGAACCCCCACGAGGGCUACGAGGUCCUCAAGUUCGACGACGUGGUCACCAACCUGGGCAACAGCUACGACGCCGCCUCCGGCAAGUUCACCUGCGCCAUCCCCGGCACCUACUUCUUCACCUACCACGUCCUCAUGCGCGGCGGUGACGGCACCAGCAUGUGGGCCGACCUCUGCAAGAACGGGCAGGUGCGGGCCAGCGCCAUCGCGCAGGAUGCCGACCAGAACUACGACUACGCCAGCAACAGCGUCAUCCUGCACCUGGACGCGGGGGACGAGGUCUUCAUCAAGCUGGACGGGGGCAAAGCCCACGGGGGCAACAACAACAAGUACAGCACCUUCUCCGGCUUCAUCAUCUACUCAGACUGAUCCUGGACCCACGGCAUUGCCCCACAGCCCCACCAAACUCCACAGCAUCGCCCCACAGACGUCCAGCCCUAUAGCUGUCCCCUGCAACCAUCCAGCCCCGUGGCAUCACCUUCUAGCCCCACAGCGUCACCGUGCAGCCCACUCAACUGCAGAGCAUCACCCCACGGCCCCCUAAACCCACAGCAGUGCCCCACAGCCCCCCGACCACAUAACAUCCAGUCAUGCUGGUCCAGGCCAUCUAUGGGGUCCCCAACCCCACUUUCCCCUUCGCUUACCCCAUGGCUGCUAAUUCGGGGUUGGGGGGCUGUGGAGACUGUAGAGGUUGGGUACCCCCCUGCGCUGCCCCCCAUACAACAAGUACAGCACCUUCUCGGGCUUCAUCAUCUACUCGGACUGAGCCUGGACCCACGGCAUCGCCCCACAGACCCCCCAGCCCCACAACCGCCCCUCGUGCUGCUCAGAUCAUCUAUGGGGUCCCCAACCCCCCUUUCCCCACCGCUCACCCCACAGCUGCUAAUUUGGGGUUGGGGCGGCUGUGGGGGCUGGCAAGAUGUUGGGGACCCCCCUGCGCUGCCCCCCUGCACCCAUCCCUGGCCGUGCACCCGCUUGGCCCCGCGGCUCCCGCUGCUCCCCCGCGGGGCAAUGCCGGGUCCCCGCCGUGUAUAUAUGUACAGGACACACACACGUCUAUACGGUUCCCCCGCCCCGUUCCGGUGGCUGCGCUGGGCGGGGGGAGCCGCCCUCGCUGCCCGACCCCGGGGCGACUCCAUGGUAAAGCAGAGCUGUGACCUGUC